AUGGCGAUGAACGAUCCAUCACCAGGCAUUGCCAACCUGCCCAAUCAGAGGCACAAGAUCGUCGCGAAGGCUGGCGGCCACUUCACCUUGAUGGUCGUGGGCGAGAGCGGCGUGGGCAAGACGACUCUCAUCAACACCCUCUUUGCCACGGAGCUGGCGACGGGCAAGAACCACACGCUUCGUCACUCGAAGCAGCUCGACAAGACGGUCGAGAUCGACAUCAUCAAGGCCGAGCUUGAGGAGAAGCAGUUCAAGGUCAAGCUCACCGUCAUUGACACGCCUGGCUUCGGCGACUAUGUCAACAACCGCGACAGCUGGGCACCCAUCGUCGACUUCCUCGACGACCAGCACGAGAUGUACAUGCGCCAGGAGCAGCAGCCGGAGCGAAAGGAAAAGACGGACCUGAGGGUCCACGCCUGUCUCUACUUUAUCCGUCCCACCGGUCACACCCUCAAGCCGCUCGACAUUGAGAUCAUGAAGAGGCUCGGCACCCGUGUCAACCUCAUCCCUGUUGUGGCCAAGGCCGACACGCUGAGCCCCAACGACUUGGCCGUCUUCAAGCAGCGAAUUCGCGAGGUCAUUUCCCACCAGGGCAUUCGCGUCUACUCGCCUCCCAUUGAGACGGACGAUGAGGCCAGCGCCGAGCACGCCAAGACGCUCAUGAGCGCGAUGCCCUUCAGCAUCAUCGGAUCCACGCGCGACGUCCAGACGCGCGAUGGCCGAACGGUCAAGGGUCGCGACUACCUGUGGGGAGUGGCCGAGGUGGAGAACGAGGAGCACUGCGACUUCAAGAAGCUGCGCAGCCUUUUGAUCCGGACCCACAUGCUCGACCUCAUCAACACGACUGAAGAGACGCACUACGAGGCCUACCGACAAUCGCAGAUGGAGACGCGCAAGUUUGGCGAGCCCAAGGUCAAGAAGCUGGACAACCCCAAGUUCAAGGAGGAAGAGGAGAGCCUGAGGAGACGCUUCACGGAGCAGGUCAAGCUCGAGGAGCAGCGCUUCAGGCAGUGGGAGCAGCACCUCAUCGCAGAGAGGGACCGGCUCAACAAGGACCUCGAGCAGGCCCACUCGGGCAUCAAGUCUCUCGAGGCCGAGCUCGACGCCAUGCAGGGCGGAGCUGCCGGCGGGUACGGCCGAGGGGGCCCACAGGGCACGGCGCCCGUCAGGCGAUGA